AUGAGCAACACGUCCACCCUGGCUAGGGCCAGAGACAAUGUCUUCUCAAGACGUGAGAUCGAAGGCAUGCUUGCUGACGGCAAGUUGAUCGUGAUAGUCGACGGGCAGGUCCUGAGACUAGAUGCAUGGAUCAAAUUCCAUCCUGGAGGUGACAUGGCCAUCAAGCAUAUGAUAGGCAAAGAUGCCACGGAUGAGGUGAAUGCACUACAUUCACAGGAAGCCCGUCAGCGCAUGAACAACUUCCGAAUUGGUCGUAUCGAAGGCCGGUGGACCAACUUCCUCCCACCCAUUCAAGGCGGCAAAUUCCGUCCACUUGUCGAAGACGAAGUCGACGAAGAAGACAUUCUGAGCGAAGAAUUAUCAAGCGAUGACAUUUCAGCACCACCAUCACCCAUAUUCGAAGCCGCAGACGAUACAUGGGGCCUAAGACGCAGGCUAUCAGUAUCAACCAUGUCCUCGGCAGUCAGCGCCAUCCCUCCACCAACAGAAGAAAAGGCACGGGGGUACGUGAUUGACGCUCGCACACGAGAGGAGAUCGAGCUAGAUGCAUCCAAAUACCCUCCCCUCGACGCAGAGCACCAAGAAUAUAUCACGACAAGAUACCGCGAGUUGAACGAGCGUAUCCGCGCAGCAGGCCUAUACAACUGCAACUACUCAGCCUACGCCAUUGAAAUCAGCCGUUACACUCUCUUCUUCUCCCUGUUCGUCUUCUUCCUCAAGCACUCCUGGUUCUGCCUUUCAGGCUUCUUCCUCGGUUGCUUCUGGCACCAACUCGUCUUCUCCGCCCAUGAUGCUGGCCACAUGGGAAUCACACACAACUACCAGGUCGACACCACAAUCGGCAUGAUCAUCGCCGACUAUCUCGGCGGCCUAAGCCUAGGCUGGUGGAAACGCAGCCACAACGUCCACCACAUCGUAACGAACGCCCCGGAGCACGACCCGGAUAUCGAACUGAUGCCCUUCUUCGCGCUCUCGCACCGCUUCUUCAGCUCCCUCCGCAGCACCUACUACGACCGCGUCAUGGAGUACGACGCCGUCGCCAAAUUCACCGUCAAGUACCAGCACUACAUGUACUACCCGAUUCUGCUCUUCGGCCGCUUCAACCUCUACUUCCUUAGCUGGGAACACAUCAUCGUCGGCCGGGGCCCGAAACACGGUGCAGGCUGGUGGCACCGCUGGUUCGAGCUCGCCGGCCAGGUCUUCUUCUGGGUUUGGUUUGGGUACGGGGUUGUAUGGUGCAACAUUCCGAGCUGGUGGAGCCGGGUUGCGUUCGUGUUGAUUUCGCAUAUGGUGACCGCGCCGCUGCAUGUGCAGAUUACGCUUUCGCACUACGCUAUGUCGACGGCUGACCUGGGGCCGUUGGAGUCUUUCCCUCAGAAGAUGCUCCGCACUACGAUGGAUGUGGAUUGUCCGCAGUGGCUGGACUUUUUCCAUGGUGGUUUGCAGUUCCAGGCUAUUCAUCAUCUGUACCCUCGUAUCCCGCGGCAUAACCUGCGCAGGACGCAGCAGUUCGUUCGGGAGUUUUGUGAGGAUGUGAAGAUUCCAUAUGCGGUUUUUACUUUCUAUGAUGGUAAUAAGGAAGUCAUUGGUCGUCUUGCGGAUGUUGCUAGGCAGGCGAGGAUCCUAGAAGAGUGUCGGAAGGCUUGUGCGGCAGAUCCUCACCAUCUGCACUAA